AGUUCACAAUGCGGUGUGGAACCGCGUCCCGGGGUUUGGAUCUGUUGGUCGCGUUGUCUCUCCUGCCACAGUUUAUCUUCGCGAACCGGAUUAUCACAGACACACCGGAGCCCCUGAAGCCCACCAUCACCGGGCUCGGGGUGAAGGAACACUCAAAGAUUGUUGCCCAACACAAUAGACUGCGCAGCCGGGUCAACCCCAUGGCAGCUAACAUGCAAAAAAUGGAGUGGAGUGAUAAGUUGGCCUUACUUGCAAAGGACAGGGCGGCAUCAUGUCACACAGAUCCUCCUGAUCAACAAUCCUCACCUCUCAGUCAUAUCGGCUGGAACACACACGUCUCUGCCCACCGUGGUCUCACUUCAGUUUCUGAUGCCAUACACUCCUGGUUUGAAGAGGGGAACGAUUUUCUUUACCUGAGUGGGCAAUGUAGGGAGAAUGCCACCUGUCAGCACUAUACACAGUUGGUGUGGGCCACCUCGAGUCAUGUGGGCUGUGCCAGCCAGCUUUGUCUGAGGGAAGGAGACCUCUGGGAGAUGUUUGUCUGCGCAUAUUACCCUGGGGGGAACUGGGAGGUGAACGGUCGGCUGGUGACUCCCUAUAAGACGGGGCUGUACUGCUCUCUCUGCACCUCUUCAAUGUCUGGCUGCUUCAGACUGUGGGACCAUGUAGGUAGAUUAUGUGAGAUUCCAAAGAAUCCGUGUCGAAUGAGCUGCGGUCAGCACGGCCAUCUUAACAUCUCAUCCUGCAAGUGCACGUGUGACCGGGGCUUCACCGGACGCCUCUGCCAGGUGCGCUGCAGUGUGCAGUGUGUGCACGGUCGUUUCAAAGAAGAAGAAUGCUCUUGCUUAUGUAAUGUUGGCUAUGGUGGUGCUGAGUGUGCAGAGAAAGUGCAGUUUCCCUUCCACAGCUGUGACGCGAUGAUAGACGGUGAUUGCUUCGUGGUGUCUUCAGAAGCUGACACCUACUAUGGAGCCAAGAGUCACUGUCAGGGACGAGGGGGGAUUCUUGCUCAGAUCCACAAUCAGAAGGUUCAGGACAUCCUGGCGUUUUAUAUCAGUCAGCUGGAGACGAGCAACGAGGUCACCAACACGGACUUUGAGACACGAAACUUCUGGAUUGGUUUGACAUAUAAGCCUCUGAAAGACUCAUUUCGCUGGGACACAGGCGAGAUCCCCAGAUUCAGCAGCUUCGCCUUUGGGCAACCGGACAACCAAGGCUUUGGAAACUGUGUAGAGCUGCAGGCGUCAAGUGCCUUUAACUGGAACGACCAGCGAUGUAAAACGCAGAACCGAUACAUCUGCCUGCACGCUGCAGAGCACAUUGGUCGCUGGGAGGAUGGCAGGUGACCCGGAUUUCUUAAGGACGUGAAACAAGGUGUUGGUUGGGACCAAGGCCACUAAUGUUUGUCAAUGUAGUUUAGAUGUGCUGUAUAUACUCUACAUGUAAUACAAGAUGUCUUAUUAUUAAAGGGUUAUAUCAUGUGUCUAAAA